AUGACACGGCCGCGGGGAGAUGAUGACGAGGGUGAGGACAUGGGCGAAACCGCAGUUCACCCCGCAGUAGAGGGGGUAGUAAGGGGCGGAAAAACGGGCGGAGCAGGCGCAAACGGGGGGGACGGCGCAGGGACCGCGGGGAGGCUUCUGGCGAUGGCGGACGAGAGGGGGAACUCAGCGGGGGAGGCGGAAGAGGAGGCGGAAGAUGAGGGACUAAGUGAUGAUGAGAUGGAUAUAGACGAGUUGGAGAAGCGGGUUCAGCGGGACCAGUUUAAGUUGCAACGGUUGAAGGAAAUGCGGAAGGCUAAGGAAGAGGCUCAACGGGCACGGCAGAAGAAGCUGCAGGGUCGAGUAAGCUACAGGGAGAAGAGGAGGAAAGGGUACGUCUUCUCAGUUGGCUCUCAAGCCACUCAGGAUCGAUCAGGCAGUAGUGGUGCUGGGGUCGUUUUGAGACGUCUCAAAACAACGCUUUCAUCAAGUAGUGGUGCUGGGGUCGUUUUGAGACGUCUCAAAACAACGCUUUCAUCAAGUAGUGGUGCUGGGGUCGUUUUGAGACGUCUCAAAACAACGCUUUCAUCAAGUAGUGGUGCUGGGGUCGUUUUGAGACGUCUCAAAACAACGCUUUCAUCAAGUAGUGGUGCUGGGAUCGUUUUGAGACGUCUCAAAACAACGCUUUCAUCAAGUAGUGGUCCUGGGGUCGUUUUGAGACGUCUCAAAACAACGCUUUCAUCAAGUAGUGGUGCUGGGGUCGUUUUGAGACGUCUCAAAACAACGCUUUCAUCAAGUAGUGGUGCUGGGGUCGUUUUGAGACGUCUCAAAACAACGCUUUCAUCAAGUAGUGGUGCUGGGGUCGUUUUGAGACGUCUCAAAACAACGCUUUCAUCAAGUAGUGGUGCUGGGGUCGAACCAGCGAUGCGCAAGCGCAUGGCGCGCGCACAGGAUGGAAUCCUGAAGCACAUGCUGCGAAUGAUGGAGCUCUGCCACGCGCGCGGGUUCAUCUACGGCGUCAUUCCCGAGGCUACCUCAAUGCGAAAGCGCAUGGCGCGAGCACAAGACGGAAUCCUGAAGCACAUGCUGCGAAUGAUGGAGCUCUGCCACGCGCGCGGGUUCGUCUACGGCGUCAUUCCCGAGGCUGGCAAGCCGGUUGGGGGCAGCUCCGACAACCUCCGAGCCUGGUGGAAGGACAAGGUUCGGUUCGACAAGAACGGCCCGGCAGCUCUGGCCAAGUUUGAGGCGGAACGGGCGGCGGCCAUGGGGAGAGGCGCAGGGGGAGGGGAGGGCGGGGGAGGCGCAGGGGGACUGGCGCCCACUUGCAUGCCUCUACAUUCACUUCUGGAGUUGCAGGAUACUACGCUUGGUUCCCUGUUGUCUGCUCUCAUGCAGUCGACUCAAAACGAGGUGACUUUUGAGUCGACUCAAAACGAGGUGACUUUUGAGUCGACUCAAAACGAGGUGACUUUUGAGUCGACUCAAAACGAGGUGACUUUUGAGUCGACUCAAAACGAGGUGACUUUUGAGUCGACUCAAAACGAGGUGACUUUUGAGUCGACUCAAAACGAGGUGACUUUUGAGUCGACUCAAAACGAGGUGACUUUUGAGUCGACUCAAAACGAGGUGACUUUUGAGUCGACUCAAAACGAGGUGACUUUUGAGUCGACUCAAAACGAGGUGACUUUUGAGUCGACUCAAAACGAGGUGACUUUUGAGUCGACUCAAAACGAGGUGACUUUUGAGUCGACUCAAAACGAGGUGACUUUUGAGUCGACUCAAAACGAGGUGACUUUUGAGUCGACUCAAAACGAGGUGACUUUUGAGUCGACUCAAAACGAGGUGACUUUUGAGUCGACUCAAAACGAGGUGACUUUUGAGUCGACUCAAAACGAGGUGACUUUUGAGUCGACUCAAAACGAGGUGACUUUUGAGUCGACUCAAAACGAGGUGACUUUUGAGUCGACUCAAAACGAGGUGACUUUUGAGUCGACUCAAAACGAGGUGACUUUUGAGUCGACUCAAAACGAGGUGACUUUUGAGUCGACUCAAAACGAGGACAAGGUUCGGUUCGACAAGAACGGCCCGGCAGCCCUGGCCAAGUUUGAGGCGGAACGGGCGGCGGCCAUGGGGGGAGGCGCAGGGGGAGGGGAGGGCGGGGGAGGCGCAGGGGGCCUGGCGCCCACGUGCAUGCCUCUGCACUCGCUGCUGGAGCUGCAGGAUACCACGCUGGGGUCGCUGCUGUCUGCUUUGAUGCAGCACUGCUCCCCCCCCCAGCGCAAGUUCCCACUAGACAAGGGCGUCACCCCCCCCUUGUGGCCGCCAGGCAACGAGCCCUGGUGGGGCGCUCUCUCCCUCUUCCACUUCCCCCGCCCGUUUUUCUCCUGCCUUACUCGCUUCUUCCCCUUUUCCACACCCUCUUCUUUCCCCUCCUACUUUCCCCCAUACCAGCACAGCACUGCUCCCCCCCCCAGCGCAAAUUUCCUCUGGAUAAAGGCGUCGCCCCCCCUUGGUGGCCGUCAGGCAACGAGCCCUGGUGGGGCGCUCUCUCCCAUUUCCACUCCCCUCGGGCUCCACUGCUCUCCCCCUCAGCGCAAGUUCCCCCUGGACAAGGGCGUAGCCCCCCCUUGGUGGCCGUCAGGCAACGAGCCCUGGUGGGGCGCUCUCUCCCAGGGGCUCGGGCUGAAUCAAAUCACGAGCCCGGGCGGCGCUGGAGAGUCGGGACUGCCGCCCUACCGCAAGCCGCAUGAUCUGAAGAAGGUGGCCAAGGCGGCCGUGCUGGCGACGGUUAUUAAGCACAUGCUGCCGGAUGUGGCAAAGAUAAGGCGACUGAUUCGCCAGAACAAGGGGCUGCAGGUGGCCAAGGCGGCUGUGCUGGCGACGGUUAUUAAACACAUGCUGCCGGAUGUGGCAAAGAUGAGACGGCUGAUUCGGCAGAACAAGGGGUUACAGAAUAAGAUGUCAGCACUGGAGACGAGCAUUUGGCUCGCGAUACUGAAUAACGAAGAGCGAGCAAUCAAACUCCAAAACGGUGACCUAUCUACUGUUGCUGCUGGUACUGCUGGUGCUGCUGGUGCCGGUGUUGGUAAUGGGACCGGGCAGGAAAGAAUUUCCGGCGAGCUGCCCACGGGCAGGUCGGCGAACAGCUUGCAGCUUCUCGAGGGCAGUGGAGCUGCAACCAGCUCGGGCGGGCAGCAAAACGGGCAGAGAAAAACAGGCACUGGCGCUGGAGCAGCAGGAGCAGGAGCAGCAGCCGGAGGUGGAGGAGGAGGAGGAGAGGAGGAUGGGGAUGAGUGGGAUAUAGAGGAGGACUAUGAUCCGUACAGCAGCGACGGGCAGCGGCAGAAGAAGAGAAGGCAGAGAAGAAUGGCGGGAGUUGGGGCAGGGGGAGGGGGAGGAGCGGGAGUGGGGGGAGUGGGGGGAGUGGGGGGAGUGGCGGGGGUAGGGGCAGGGGGGAUGGCGGGAGUCGGGGGCGUAUGGGCAGGGGGAAUGGCAGGGGCGGGGGUGUCUGCUGCUGGUGGGGACGUUGGGGGGAUUGUUGAAGGGGGAGGAGGGGGAGUAGGGGGAGGGGGGAUGAUGAUGUUGUUGGGUGGGGUAGAGGAUGGGAGCAGGCAGCAAGGAGGGGCGAUGGUGGUUGUCCAGACUGCUGAGCUGGUCAGGGAGGUGGUGGUGCAAUCACACGCGCCGGUACACAGUAGCAUGCAUUCUUUGGCAUGGCAGUCACAAGCACAAGCAGCUCAGUUCUCCCAAGCCUCUGCUUCAGGCAUGGCAAUGCCGAACCAGCAGCCAGACCAGCAGAUGUACCAGCAGCCAUACCAGCUGCACCCGCACCAGCGCCCAAACCAGCACCCUAGUCAGCUACCGAACCAGCACUCGAGCCAGCAUCUUAGUCAGGAGCAGCAGCAGCAGCUAUUCCUGCCGUUGAUGCAGAUGCAAUCAAUGGCUGACGAUGCUCCUGCUUAUACCCAUGCCGGUGCUUUUAUUGCUCCCCCUCCUCACUCCUCCACACCCCCCUCCUCCCUUCCCUCAUCACAUCCCUCCUCUCUCCCUCAUGCCACCUCUCAACCCCUCCUGGCCCCACACACUCGCCUCCUCCCUCCUCACCUCCACACUCACUCAAAUCCCUAUUCCCAACACCACCUCAUACCCUCCCAGUCGCUUCCGAACCUCCCUGCCGAGCCUCUACCCCAAGGCUCGGCAAUGGUGCCAUACCAAGUGCCCCAGCCCAUGCUUCUAGGAUCCCCACUCCUGAGCAACAGCUUUGGUCCUGGAGGCCAUCCUGCCGGACCUCAUGUUGCCGUACCUAUUCGUGCCGAACCUUGCAGUACUGGACCUAAUUUGUCCAAUAUGCCCAGGCUUGUCACCCCUGUGGUGAUUCGAUCCCGUCAGUACAAUCACUACCCUUCUCCUUCCAACCCUCCAUCCUCCCACAGUCAACCAGGAUCAACCCACCCCUCCCUCACCUCCCCCCACCCAUCUUCCUCCUCCCCCCGCCCCUCCUCCGUUUCCCCACGCGCCUCCCUCACCCUCCCCCCCAACUUCCCCUUCCCUAACUCCCCCUUCCGCCCUUCCCCCCAGUUCCCCUUCCAGCCUUCCCCCCAGUUCCCCUUCCAGCCUUCCCCCCAAUACCCCUUCCAACCUCCCUUUCACUCCACCUCUAUUCCCCCUUCUUCCCCCAACCGUCCCCCCUCUCCAUUCUUCCACUCCCUCUCCCCCAACAAUCCUUCCCCUCAUCACACUCCUCCCACGAAUUCCCCCAUUCGGCCCACUCUGGAGCAAUCCCAAGGGGGGUGUAGAAGGACCCACAGCCGAGCUUUGGCUGAGGAAGGGGGGAGUGGUAGGAGGGGAAGAGGAGGGGAAGGAGGAGGGGAGAGAGGAGGGGAGCGAGAGGAAGAAAUAGAGCCUUUACCUCCUGCGGCUUUAGAGAGGGGGAUGAGUUUCAACAGCAGGAGGAGGAGGGGAGUGAGGGAGGGAGGAGGGACGAGAGAGGGAGAAUCAGGAGAUCAGGGAAGACAGGUGGCAGCAACUGCUGGGAGAGCGGCAGGGGGAGAAGCAGGGGCGGGAGGAGGAGGGGAAGUCGUGGGAGAGGCAGAGGGAGAGGGGCAAUGGUCUUUACUGCACUUGGCUCAUGAUGUGAUGGGAGCAGUGGGAGGGGUUGGGCAUGAGGUUGGGGGAGGAGGGGUAGGGGAGGCGCAGGAGGGAGGAGAGCAGCAGGGGCAGCUGGAUGGGAUGAUGAUGGUGCAGAAUCUUCCGAUUCUGGACAACUUUGGAUUUGAUCCUUUCAUGGAUGAGGAUCUUAUUUGGUACUUUGGUGCCUAG